GGAAGUAGCAGGUUUGUUUUCCGGUUACUGGCCUUCGUCUUUGUCUCCAAACAGCUUAGUCGACAGAAGUGAUUCCAGCGGUUAUCAAGAUGCCUUUCAUUGACUUACAGAGUAAUAUACCGGCCAGCUCUUUCCCGGAGGAUUUCGUGGGGAGGCUGAGCUCCUGCGCCGCGGCUGCUCUCGGAAAACCAGAGGACAGGAUGAACGUGGUGGUGAAGCCUGGGGUGCAGAUGCUCAUAGGUGGAUCUUGCUCUCCAUGUGUGAUGCUGUCAGUGUCUGCCAUUGGUGUGACUGACACUGCCGACAAGAACAAGGAGCACAGUGCCAAGAUCUUUGAGUUUCUGACCAAAGAACUCCAUCUGACUGAAGACCGGAUUGUUAUUCAGUUCCACGCACUACAGCCUCACCAGGUCGGGAAGAAGGGAACCGUCAUGAGUUUCUUGUGAAGGGUGUUGUUGUCUUGGACAAAUCUCACAGUCUCAUUCCUCAAACAAAAAGAAGAAGAUGACUGAUUACAUCAGCACAGUAAUUCAUCAUACACCAAGUAAAGCUAGUCGGGUAGCGUUAGUUACUGUAUAUUCAUAGCGUAUCCAGUUACUCAUUCUGCAUAUCUGCAGAUUCUGAAAGCUGUAAGACACAAUGUCAUCAGUUACAUUUUUAAUGAUUAAAGGACUUGUUACUUUAACCUUUCCUAAAAUCAUUUGUGAUACAUUCUGUGAAGGAGCUCAUACUAGAACCACACUGAAUAAAAAAAAGUCAGUAUUUUCAUGAAAAGAUAUAUUUUAAAAUAUGUUUUUUUUAUUAAAGAGGAUGAUGAGAUGAA